AUGAUAAAGAUAUUCCAAAAUUAAUUACAUAUUUUGAAGUUAAAAACAAAGACUCAUUACACCAGUAGCUGUUUAGGAUUGUCAGAAGAAAAACAAUUGAAAAUACAUGGUAGGGAGAAUCUCAAAAUCUUUGAAAAUGUUUUCAAGCCUGUGAAUUGGAAUAUUAGUGCAAGAAACGCUUCCAUUUGUUAAGGAAAAUUAAUAGUCAGAAAAGUCAAUGAAUAAAUAGUUAAAUUCCAUUAUAUUGGACUAGAGGCUGCUGAAAUGACUUAAUGUUUUACAGUUGCUAUAAGAAUUGGAGCUAAGAAGUCCGAUUUUUAUUCAAAUUGUUUGAAUUCAUCUAUCAGCGGCAGAGUUAUAUAUAAUUAAAUAACCUAUAGGAGAUGGUGUAAAUGA